GAGAAUGCACAAGUGCCAGCUAUGAAAUACAAGGCUCAAAGCUUUCUCUUGCUGUCACCUUGGUGUUUUUAUAUCUUUUCUCUCUCAGACCCUUCUCUAUCAACCAUCAUAACCAAACCAGCUAUUGCAACUUAAAUCUCUCCCCCACUAUCACCUUCUCUCUCAUAUUCUCCUACACUCGCAUUAUCAGAGAGAAAGAGAGAGAUUUAAUGGUUGAUCUUUGCACAUCAACUAUGCCUUCAUCUCCAUCUUCUUCACUCACUUGCACAGACAAGAAGCCAUGGUACCUUACGAACAAGAAGAUUGUUGAUAAGUAUGUGAAAGAUGCAAGAUAUCUAUUAGCAACACAAGAACCGAGUGAACUCGCUUCAGCUGUUAAUCUUCUUGAUGCAGCCUUGACUCUUUCACCAAAAUCUGAGUCAGCUCUCGAGUUAAAGGCCCGAUCUUUACUCUAUUUAAGGCGAUACAAAGAUGUUGCUGAUAUGUUACAAGACUACAUUCCUAGUCUCAAAAUGUCAUCUUCUGAUGACUACUCAUCGUCUUCUUUGUCGUCUGAUAACUCGUCCCAACACUCUUCUAAAGAACGAGUUAAGCUUUUAUCCGGUGACUCACCGAGUCACGAUGAACCGAGUUUUAAGUGCUUCUCUGUUUCAGAUUUGAAGAAGAAAGUCAUGGCUGGUUUGACUAAAAAUUGUGAUAAACAGGGUCAAUGGAGGUACUUGGUUUUGGGACAAGCAUGUUGUUACUUGGGAUUAAUGGAAGAUGCUUUGGUGCUUCUUCAGACAGGAAAACGUAUGGCUUCUGCGGCCUUUCGUCGAGAGAGUGUUUGCUGGUCUGAUGAUAGCUUCUCUUUCUCUAAGUUUCCAAUUUAUGGAGAUGUUAUGAUUAACAAUCAACCACCUAUGCAACCCAAAACUGAAUUGGAAAACAUUACUCAACUCAUAAGCCACAUUAAGCUUCUCCUUCGACGUAAAACCUCAGCAAUGGCAGCCCUGGAUGCAGGGCUUUACACUGAAGCCGUACGACACUUCUCAAAGAUUGUCGAUGGCCGACGUGGAGCCCCGCAAGGGUUCUUAGCAGAGUGUUAUAUGAACAGGGCUUCAGCAUAUAGAUUGGCUGGUAGAAUUGCUGAAUCAUUGGCAGAUUGUAACCGAGCUUUGGCCUUGAACCCAUCCUGUAUUGAUGCUCUCAGUACUAGAGCUGCUUUGUUUGAGAGUAUAAGAUGCUUGCCUGAUUCUCUCCAUGAUCUUGAACACUUAAAGCUUUUGUACAAUACAAUCUUGCGUGAUCGAAAACUUCCUGGUCCAGCAUGGAAGCGUCAGUAUGUCCAUUACAGAGAAAUCCCUGGAAGGUUAUGUACAUUAGCCACGAAGAUUCAAGCUUUAAAACAAAGGGUAGCUUCUGGAGAGACUGGAAAUGUGGAUUAUUAUGCAUUGAUUGGUUUGAGAAGGGGAUGUUCAAGAUCUGAAUUAGAGAGAGCCCAUUUGUUGCUUACUCUACGACACAAGCCUGAUAAAUCAAUUACUUUUAUUGACAGAUGUCAAUUUUCCAAUGAACAGGAUGUUGAUUCAAUCAGGGACAGAGCGAAGAUGUCUUCACUACUGUUGUAUAGAUUGAUUCAGAAGGGUUAUACUAGUGUUAUGUCCACGAUUCUGGAUGAUGAAUCAACUGAAAAGCAAAGGAAAAAGACGUGUGCUACAUUACAAGCUACGGCAGCAAUACAACAGCAAGUUCAUCAGGUCCAACAAGACCAAGCCGAACUAAUCAAUGCAGCUUCAAUGAACAUGGCCAAUACCAAAAACACCUCAUCCGCAGCAGCUUCUGCAGCAUCAUCAGUGUUUCAAGGUGUUUUCUGCCGGGACCUUGCAGCAGUCGGAAAUUUGCUAUCGCAGACCGGAUUCAAUCUUCCAAUCGCAGUGAAGUACGAAGCAUUAAGCUGUUAAUCUUUCACAACAAUUAAGAUAAAUAUCUGAUUACGAUGAAGAAUGGGGAUCCUAGAAUUAAUCGGAUAUUACCAGCAGAGUAAACUGUUAGUGUUGUCUUGUAUAUUACUCCUCUGCUGGGGAAAUUUUGUCACCUAUGUCCUCCUUUCCCAUGUCCCUUCUCUUAUGAGCAUCAUGUACAGAGUUAAUUUCAGUACUAGACCUUUAUAUUUAAAUUUUGUUGAACUAAAUAAAACUUCGAGAUCAUCUUCUUCUGUCA